AAAAUAAAGAAUUCUACAUGUGAUUUUGAUACGAGACAACCUUCCUUACAUGUAUGGCACGUCUUCUUCCUCCAAUCUGACAUUUGACCAGAAGCAAUGUACAAAAAAGCAAGAAUGCAACGCGCUUUCCUAAAUAAAACAAAGCUCCAACAUCACCAUCUCUGAGCUUCUUUUGUUUUAAGCGAACUCGAGAACUCGGGUGCAGGAGUGAAUGUUUGUAAUCAAGUGAGCUACAUACUCAUUGAGGGCUUCAUUAGAGGAGGAAGAAGAUGAAGUUCGGAAAAGAGUUUGUUUCGCAAAUGGUGCCGGAAUGGCAAGAUGCAUACAUGGACUACAACUCUCUCAAGCUUAUCUUAAAAGACAUCCUGCGUUUCCGGAAGAAAAAUGCAUCAUCGACGCCAAUGGCGGCGACUUCGGCAGGGUCGACACUAAAGAGGAGGGUGUCACUCUAUAGAGCAUUCAGCGGGCUGACAAGCCGGCAACGGGGCUCGCUGAGGAAGAAGGAGGACGAGGAGAUACUUGUGGGUGAAGAAGGUGAGGAAGGGCAGUGGCAGACAAGGUUUUUGAUGCCGGCCGACGAGGGAGGAGAGUUUGAGGUUGUGUUUUUUAGGAGCCUGGACGAUGAGUUUAACAAGGUGAAUUGCUUUUACAAGAAGAAAGUUGGGGAAGUCGUGGAGGAGGCUGAGGAGUUGAAUAGGCAGAUGGAUGCUUUGAUUGCUCUUAGGUUAAAGGUUGAUAAUCCAGAGGUGGAUAUUGGAGGGAGUGAUUUGGCAAGCAAUGGGAUUUCUUCAGUCUCAGCAGUUCAUCCCACAAGUGGUAGAAAAACAGGGGGAGAAGAUAUGGAUGUGAUUAACGAAGUUGAGAUGAGCGAUGAAGAAGAAAUGGAAGAUGAUGAAGAGAGGGGAGGCAAAGAAUCGGAAACCGAUGACUGGAAAGCCAACAGAGGGACGGUGGAUAUUCAGGGGCUUAAACCACCACAACUAGAGGUUCUAGAUCAUAUAAAGAUCAACAUGAUACCUGAAACUCCAGUGUCAACAAUUAAAAGCAUAUUCCAGCAGAAUUACUUAUCAUUCAGCAAGAAACAGCUGAGGAAAGUAGAAGAGCAAAUGAGACAGGCUUUUAGUGAGUUCUAUCAAAAGCUCCGGCUUUUAAAAAGCUACUGUUUCCUUAAUCAAUUGGCUUUCUCAAAGAUCGUGAAGAAAUAUGACAAGUUCUCUUCAAGGAAUGCAUCGAAGGUUUACUUGAAUAUGGUGGAUAAUUCUUAUCUCAGUAGCAGCGAUGAAGUUACUAGGCUUAUGGAAAGGGUGGAGACUACCUUCAUAAAGCACUUCGCAAAUGGAAAUCGAAGAAAAGGAAUGAAGACAUUAAGGCCGAAAGCUAGAAGGGAAAAGCAUAGAAGUACAUUUUUCUUGGGGUUGCUCUCCGGGGGCUCCAUUGCACUUGUAGUAGCCAUCAUUGUGCUUAUGCAUGCAAGAAAUAUCCUUGAGAGUGACGGGCGUGUUCUGUACAUGGAAAACAUAUUUCCCCUGUACAGCCUGUUUGGAUUCAUUGUCCUACAUCUGAUCAUGUUCUCAGCGAACAUAUUCUUUUGGAGGCGCUAUCGUGUAAAUUAUCCAUUUAUCUUUGGCUUCAAGCAAGGGUCAGAGAUUGGUUACAGACAGCUUUGCCUUCUCAGUUCAGGUAUUGCAAUUCUCGCAUUGGCUGGUGUCAUCUCAACUUUGGAUAUGGAGUUGGAUCCAAGAACAAAAAGCUUCGUAGCCUUGAAAGAAUUAGUCCCCCUGGGCCUAGUCAUUGUUGUGCUUCUUAUAAUGUUUUGUCCUUUCAACGUUAUAUAUCGUUCCAGUCGAUAUUUCCUCCUUCUAUGCAUAUCCCAUUGUCUUCUUGCUCCUCUUUAUAAGGUCACCCUGCCGGAUUUUUUCUUGGCAGAUCAGCUUACUAGCCAGGUUCAAGCUUUCAGGAGUUUGGAAUUCUAUGUUUGCUAUUACGGUUGGGGGGACUUCAAAAAGAGAUCACACAACUGCCUCGACAGCCACGUUUUUAAAUCCUUCUACUUUGUUGUAGCAAUUAUUCCUUAUUGGAUCCGUUCGCUUCAGUGUGUGCGACGCUUGAUAGAGGAGAGAGAUGGAAUGCAAGGGUUAAAUGCGCUGAAAUACUUCUCAACAAUCGUUGCAGUAGCCAUGAGAACAAGUUAUGGUCUGAAAGAAGGGAUGACAUCGAAAAUCCUUGCUAUAGUUAGUUCAGUUGUGGCAACUGUUGUCGGUACAUAUUGGGACAUUGUCAUCGAUUGGGGUCUUCUGCAACGAAAUUCUAAAAAUCCUUGGCUGAGAGACAAACUCCUCGUAUCAAACCACAGUGUUUAUUUCAUAGCCAUGGUGUUGAAUGUUGUACUGAGACUCGCUUGGAUGCAGUCAGUACUGGGAAUUAGAGAAGCGCCUUUUGUCCAUAGAACAGCCUUGACUGCGAUGGUUGCCUGCUUAGAGAUCAUUCGUCGUGGCAUAUGGAACUUCUUUCGGUUGGAGAAUGAGCACUUGAACAAUGUCGGAAAGUACCGUGCGUUCAAGUCUGUACCCCUACCCUUCAACUAUGAACGUGAUUACACCAGGAGCAGCUGAACAUGUCUCAUCAAGUAGUAGUUUCAAAGUUGUGAUUGUUCUCCUCAAUUUUGUAUAGAAGAGAGAACAAAAGGGAAAGUGAACAUACCCUAUCUUGAUUUGUUAUCAAGUGUUAAAACUUUUCCGACUUUUUUCUCAUACUACCAAUAUUCUAUUUUAAACUAAUCUAAACUGCAGGAGAGAAUUCAAGUGCAUAACGAUAACACAUCCCGCUCCAACCAACGUGGCUAUGUCCACGUGUUGAAGCAGAGGCUUGAAAGAUCAGCACCCAUUUUGAUGCCCCCAUUCAGUAGCUGCAGUUAAUUUGCGGGCCCAAAAACCUGUGGAUAUAAUUGAAGUUGAUGCCACUUAGACCAUCUUCAAAGAGAAUGUCAAAUAUGCCAAAUAAGAUUAAAAGAAAUUUAGGUGUUCUUCAAUGGAUAUAUUAUAUAUAAUGUGGCAUGUGAGUCAUUUGACACUUA